CUUACCGUAAGUGAUUUUUUUUAGAAUCGUAUCAGUAUUUCUGAAGAUUACUCCGUACAAACAAACAAAGUUAGAAUCUUUGCCUUUUUAUAAUAUUAGUAUAGAUUUAACCUUGUUCAACGUCUUUAAAACAUUCAAAUUUCGAUUACAUAGAUAUCAAACUUUAAAGAGCAAAUGUGUAAACAAUACUUUGUCAAUCUUACUGAUAUUGAAACUUAACAAUUGACUUAAAAAUUUGAAAAUAACUAGAAUAAAGUUCAAAUAUUUUUUAAUUAUAUCUAAAAUAUUUUUUAGUUCAAAUAUUUUUUAAUUACAUUCUUACACUAAUACGCACAUUUCUUUGAAUUUCGACUUGUAUGUUAUAUAAUUUUUGUAUGUGUUUAUCGUAAUAACUACAGAUGUUAUAAGUAUUUUAUAUAUUACAGUAGAUAAUAAGAGCACGAUGUGUUUCUCUAUAAAAGAUUGUCCAAUAAGUUUACAAACAAAAAUAUUCUAUCAAUUUUUGAUAGAUGAAAGUGAUAAAAAUGGCUUUGUCUAUAUUUCUUAAUAUUUUGCAUUAGUAAUUUUAUAUGAGUAUAUAAAAGCAUUUGAACCACCAACCUGACAAGCGCACCGAGAGUUCGGUACAAAUAUUAAAAGACCAUAGAUAGGUUUUUUAUAAUACAGAAAUAAAUCACUGCUUUCUUAUUUUUUUUGUCAAAAUUUUCGUGCCAAUAGUUUUUGAUAUCAAAUCAGGAUGAUGGUAAAUUUUUUUCACCUGUUUUCUUGUUUAAUAACAAUAAAGCAAAGAAUACAUAAAGACCUAAAAUUAUCUUUUUAAUUUUUUGACACAUGUCACCCUUAUAGAUAGGAUAAGUACUAUUCACGCUCCUUAAAUUACCUAUAUUCUACAAAUAAAUCACCCACAGUCAGUAUAAAAUAAGAAACUAAGAAAACACUAAGAGAAAGUAUAUACUUGUAAACAAAGACGAUGUAAAUAAAUCAUAUUCAAUUAUAGGCACAAAUCUAAAAAUAGAUCGGAACAGAAAUGGCUACGAACUCUAUUGGAAAACGGUAGUUGCUUUCUAACAGACAUAAUACGCUUUUCUCUCUUAACGGAAUGUAGAGCGAAGAUAGCAAUAAAAUAAUAAUGACAUGUUCAAUGACAAAUUCAAACAUUCGAUAGCAUUACAAUAUUUCUCAGAAUAAACAGUGUCACAGUUUUGCAAGAUGAAUAAUCUGUCGGAGCGAUCGAUAGUAUAAUGCCAGUGGUGUGAGGUUUGGUGAUGCCGGGGGCUGAAAGGGCCCCCUACCAACGCUAGGGGGUCGUUCAUUCAACGUGUGGGCGGCAGCGUGGGCGAGCCCCUUAUAAAGCCGCCCAACCCUCGGCCCAACAUAGUCGUGAGAUAGUGCCAGACCGAGUAACAGUGAAAUGUGCAACAUGUAUCCCUCAAGCAUAAGGUACGAUUGUUAAAUUAUAAUUAAGUGCUCAAUAAAUACUUAUAAUAAGCGAUUGCUGAUUUAUUUAUUUGUAUUUUUACUAUUCAUAAAAAAAGAAACACUUUUCCUAAAAAGUCUUCAUCUUUUAUAAAUAAAAAAUAUUUAAUUUAUCACUGAAUUUUAUAUAUAAGUUAUAAAUAAAAACUUUAAUUUCAUGUUUUUUUUAAACGAUUGCAGGUUUUCUGCAGUCUUGUUUGGCUACAUAGUAGCCCAAGCUAAAGCUUAUCCUAUGCAAGCAUGGCCAGUCUAUCCUCAAGCACCGAGAGAAUAUCCAGACGAUGAAUAUUAUUACGCGCCUAAAAUACAAUAUUAUUACGACGCCCCAGCGAUAAGCAUGUCAGAAGUUUACGGACAACUACCUUACCCCUACUUCUAUGAUCCUUAUGGUCAUUUCACAUCUAACGAGGCACCUAAGAGACAAGAAGAAAGGCUUGCUGCUUUGCCAAUCGGGCAAGAGACGUGGUUCGAGAGUGACACCACACCCCGCUGGCGGUCCAGCGAAGAAGAUGACGUCAGUGCGGCCUUCUUAGACAAUUUAAUCCUUACUCAAAUGGCUCAAGACGCACAGAGACGGCGCGAAAAUGCCCGUGCCGCUUUCCCGCCUGUUGAUUAUGACGAACACGAGACAGAAGACGAAGAUGUUCGUGAACUGAAGGCACUUGCGGGUAAACCUCUGUAUCAUGUACCAAAAACUGUCCCGAGAAUCGAAGAUGAAGAUUACGCAUCCGACGAUGGCUUUAUUAAUUGGAACGGUAACAAGAGGAGCCUCUCCACACCUACUCCGGUAUCCACCACAGUGAAACCGAUAUUAGGACAAAAAGAGGAAGUACUGCCGAGACCCACGCAGAACUCGCACCAGAACCACGAGCAAUCUCCCAACAAACGGGAUUCGGCUUUCUACGAAACUAUUGCAAAGCUGUUAGCGAACUCCCAGAAUUCACAUGUUAAGGAAACACCGAAGAGAAGGAUCGAUAAGCGCUUCGUGGCUGGAGAUAGCGACUUGGUGGUAGAACUACGAGGUCUGAAACAUCGUAUUGCGACUUAAGCUUAUAACGCCGGAUAAUCGCCAACAACUUUAUGAGACUGAGUAUAAUGUAGACUAAAUAGAUAUCGAUAACGGCGAAAUUACAAAUAACCGCGACUGUUUAAUUAAAUUAAUAAAAAAAAAAUGUCAUCUGUCGCAAAGUAAUCUUGCUAUUCCGUCGCCCGAGUCAUUAAAAGUUAUCUCUUUUCCUAAAAUUUUCCUCAACAUACAGACUGUUUUUAGAUUUAUGUUUUUUCAAACGUAUUAUAUAAAUUUCUUUCUGAUGUGAUUGUGAAUUCGCGUCGUGGUAAUUUGUGAAAAUGAUCGUACAAAAUGUGACUAUAAUCUCCAUUAACGAAUGAAUUGAUGAUUACUAUGCAUGAUAGUUAUAUAUAUAUAUAAAAUAAUGUUGCUCCCUUCAAUCGGCAGCUAUUAUAUCGCACAAAAUUGUGCAUUUGUAAAUAUUGUAGGUAUUGAUUGUUUAAGAAGUAAUUAUUGUUUAGAUAGAAAUUAAUAAAUCAAACUUUAUAUUUUCUUUUACUUUUAGUUGAAUGAAAGUACGUGCAAUGCUCUCGAAAAAAGUAUUAAGGUACAUUUCAUUUAGUUUAAGUGAUUUAUUGUAAAUAUUUUUAUUGAAAACCAAUGGAUAUAUAUUGAAAAAUAUUGUAAUAUUUAACGAAAAUUUAAUUUUCACAAGUCGGCAACAUUGGUUAUAUUUUUGGCAGAUCUGGAUUACAAGUUUUCCAUAAUAAACUACAGCCCAUUUUAAAGGAAUUAAAACUUCAAGAUACAGUUUUUCAAUAAUACAAACCAAAUAAAUUAUUAUAUGAUAUAUGCAAAUAGAUUCGUAAGUAUUCAUUUCUGCCACGAAUAUGUAACUAAAACGAAUUGUAAAUUUCUAAUUCUGUGAUAUUCAGAACUAAACGACCUUAAAUCUUCUAUUGUAUAUUGAAUUGUAUAAAGUAAAUAUGAUUUACAAAUGCACACAUGAAUCAAUCAUUAUUUACUGUGGCGAAAGACAACGAUGGCGAUGACGUCACUCAGUAAAAUGUUUAUAAUUUGUCAAUUUAAAAAACAAUUUCUUGGCCUAUACUGUUUACUUAGGUGCUACCGGUUAUUUUAGUUCAAACUUGGACAAUACCACGAAAUCUUUUUGCAAAGCAAAAACUAUAAAGUAUUAUACCUGUAUUUAUCUUAAGGUCUAAGGGAUUCUCUCAAAGAGCAGAGGAUUAGGUGAUAUCUUAGCUUUACAGCUUCUUAACUAAUGUUUUUGAUGUAACUACAGAGGUCUUAAAGACCUUUAAAAAAUGGAACACUUGAAGUACUUGCGUCCUCAUAAAAUUCCCAUCAAAACCAGACAGCUUUAGCUUUUUUAUCUAGUACCUAAGAUAUUUUCUCGAUUUUGCUAUCAAUAUUUUUGAGAAUUGAAAUUCAUUCUUAAAUAUGUAGGUAAUAUUAUCUUUCAAGUACAUAUCUGUUUAUCUAUACUUCGUCAAAUUAAUCUUGUGUGUUUCAGAAUAAAAUGUAUCCAAUUUGUAAAAUAUUAGUUUGUACCUUAUAAAUUAGAAUGACCUAUAAAGUAUUACUAGUUGGGUUUAAUACUUAUUGUCAAGAUUACAUGACAUUAUAAUAACACAGUGUCUAUAAACCUCGUCAUUUAUAUAUUAUCUUAUCUGUUAAAAUAGUAGAUAAACAUUUUUAACAGAUUAAAACUUCUCAAUAUCUGUCAUUAAAAUGUUUGUGAAACCUGUCCACUUUUAGAGGCCGAUAGUACAUUUAAUUGUUGCUCAGAACUAUAGGAUACAAGAAACAUAAUUCAUUUAUAUUUUAUAUAGAAGACAUUACUGUAUUUUAAUACAUAGAUCUUUUUAUGUUUAAUGACUGUUCAGAUUCGUAUCUAUUUGAUACAAAAGUGUAUCUUAGAAUACUGUAAAAAUAAUGUAUCUAACUACAUACGUAUGAAAAAAAAUAUGAAAAAAUAAAAGGGAAAUGAAUAUAGAACAUGUUUUAUUUGUAUUUCUUAUUAGUUUCAUUAAUUUAUCGUAGAGAAUUUAUCAUAUUAAGUUAUAAUAAAUUAAAUUAUAAUUAUCCGCCCUUUUACGUCCCCAUUGCAGAGGCUCGGAUCUUCCUUGUGGACUGUUAAGGAGGAUGGGCAAUGACCCUCCACGUUUGCUCAAUGCGGAUUG